CCAAGAACCUGGUAGACUGAGACCAGGGCAGAUCAUGGAGAUGUCAGACAUCUACGCCAAUGUUGAAAACCAUGUGAAGUUCAGUGAUCCAGGAGAAUCUACAGGUACUAAACCAUCAGGUGGUGAGAGCAGACGCUACAAGGCUGCUGUCCUGGGCUCGGGGUUGCUGUCUUUGCUUCUCCUGGUUGGGAUCAUAGUCUACUGGACCUACAAUAAAGAGAUGGUGCACGGUUUAGAAGAGAGUCUCUUGAACCUGACUGAGGAGAGAUAUCAGUUGAAGACCAGCCUCUUGAACCUGACUGAGGAGAGAGAUCAGUUGAAAACCAGCCUCUUGAACCUGACUGAGGAGAGAGAUCAGUUGAAGACUAAACGAUCUUGUCCUGAUGGAUGGAAGAAGUAUUAUAACAGUUGUUACUUCCUGUCUGAUAAGAAACAAUCCUGGUAUGACAGCAGGCAGGACUGCAGGAGGAAAGGAGCUGACCUGGUGAUCAUAGAAAGCUCUGAUGAACAGGAGUUCAUCUCUUCCAUCUUAGGUAAAACAUCCCCUUGGAUUGGUCUGAGUGACAGAGACACUGAGGGCACCUGGAAGUGGGUAGAUGGGACUGUACCCACCACAACGUACUGGAGGCAAUAUCAGCCUGACAAUGGAGGAUGGGGUGCUAAGGAAGACUGUGCUCAUAUUGUUUCUAACUCUAAUCCCAAAAGUAACUGGAAUGAUUUAUCUUGUACCACUGUUCAAACAUGGAUCUGUGAGAAAAUGGCUUGACACUAUCCAUCAUACACCAGCAUCCAGUAUGUACCCCAGCCUUACUGUUUCAUAGAGGAUAGCUAAAGGGUAGAAUCCUAUGUGAAGCAUAAUUUAAACAAAAGAUAAAUGUCUGUGUGUGCCCGUUACGUUCAGGAACAUUAUCAUUAACCCUUGAGACAGGCAGGAUUAAUAAUGUUAUUCCAGAGGAGGGAAGGCUUUGUCUGUUGUGUGAGCUAGGUGAAAUUGAGAAUUAAGUUUAAAAAAAAUGGUUUUACUGUCCUAUGAUAAUGUAGGGGUUGCAGUUUUCAGUAAAAUGUCCUCCAUAUAUGUCAAUUUGGUUAGAUGAACCUGGAUGUAUGCUUCAGGAAGGGAACCAUUUUAGUAGCAGCUUUUGUUUGUAAUCUUGGGGGGGAAAAGACAAUAUUUUGUUCAAGACUGAGCUGUAAGGUAAUUUAAGUAAUUUUGUAAUGACAUUUAAAGACGUUUGACCAUUGUAACUGUACUUUUUUGGUCUCGUAAACCCAUGAGGGUUGGGGACUUUUGUAUAUGACACAAAUAAAAUAAUGAAUCAAUCAUUCAUUCCCCAUUCAAUCAAGCCCUAACACCAAAUAUGCCAUUCUGAGAUAUAUUUGAUAGCCAAUAUUUAUCAAAUAUGAAAUAUGCUGCUAUAAAAUUUUAUAGCAGCUAAGAUAAGCCAUACAGUACCAAUAACUAUUGUCAGGUUUUAUAUGAAUUGAACUAAAAACAAGGCCCUUGAAGUGAAGAAAGAGAGAUAAACGUUACCUAAUUUUAAUUAAGUGAAAAAGGGAACUAUAAAGAAAGAGGAAGAGAGAAUGAAAUACAGAAUGAGAAGGAAGAGAGGUACGCAAGGGACUGAGAUCAUCUGAUCAUCAUCCUCUCCCAUCUCAGAGACACUGGGAGAAGACAGACACAGCCUGUCCUCUCUGCACCAGCACCAGCUGCUCAAACACUUGUCUUCUGUGGAACCCACACAUCCAAACUCUUGCAUCUAUCCCUGCCAUAUUUUGAACUGAAACAAGCUAUUUUCUUUAAUGUCGGUUGUGAAUUGAAGAGAAACUUCUAAACUGUGAAUUUAAACCUGGUAGAUGGCUACAUUUAGAAGCCGCCAUGUUCCUAAUGUUAGACCAGGUCUAGAGAGAGUUCCCCUGUCAACACCUGCUAACAGACUAACGUGACCACCACCUGGAGCACAUGCACGUCACCAGGGCCAGCCCAAGCCUUUAUGGGGCCUUACGCAGAAUUGAUUAGGGGGCGCCUCGGAAUUUGUACAAUUACCGUUGACAUAACGUUAAUAUUUUUUUUUAAUCAAGCUGUAAUUUAAUGUGCUCUUGGGGGCCCUCUA